AUACUUCAGACCGGAAGACAAUUCCCGAGUGUUUCGUACUUGUAAACUGGAGCGGCUUAUGUUGUUCAGCAACGUCAGUUUAGAAAGGUUGUGUGGCGGCCAGGACUUUGUUUUCAUCUACUAAUCUUUUAUCUAAGAUAAACGGAUUGUUUUUGCGUUUCUGGCAUAUGGAAAACUAUUAAAUUAAAUGUUGUGCAAUUUCCAGUAUUUGCUUGAGGACCUGCAUCUGGCGAAUCGCAUCAGAUCGCCCGGAGGGUCAUCGUCAACGGCGACACCCUCUUCUUCGUCGGCACCGAGCGUUUGAGAAAAUGACCGGGGAGAAGAUCCGCUCCCUGCGGAAGGAUAACAGGCCGAGUAAGGACGAGGACUUACUGGAACCCGAUGAGGAGGCUGCGACCGGGACGUUUUCCUCCUCCAAGGCGAACAACAAAAGCAGAGCGAGUAAGAUCUUCAGCAACCACAAGUUAAUCGGGUCGCCGUCCGCUCCGCAGCAGCAGAACCAGGAGUCGCAGAUUAAUGCUAACACAUCAGACGUCGUUGAUGACAACAACAAAAACCCCAUCAUCCGAACCGGACUGGACUUCCCAGUGCACGAGUGUGUUUUUAAAGGAGAUGUCCGACGCCUGUCCUCGCUCAUCCGAACCCAGAAUAUCGCCCAGAAAGACGUUCAUGGAAACACCCCGCUACACCUGGCUGUCAUGAUGGGACACAAAGAGUGUGCUCAUUUGCUUCUGGCCCACAAUGCACCAGUGAAGGUGAAGAACGCUCAGGGUUGGAGCCCCCUCGCUGAGGCCAUUAGCUACGGAGACCGACAGAUGAUAACCGCUCUGCUGAGAAAACUGAAGCAACAGAGCAGAGAAACUGUGGAGGACAAGAGACCCAAACUGCUGAAAGCCCUAAAAGAGCUUGGAGACUUUUACCUGGAGCUUCACUGGGACUUCCAGAGUUGGGUCCCUUUGCUGUCCAGAAUCCUGCCGUCAGACGUCUGCAAGAUUUACAAGCAGGACAUCAACAUCAGACUGGAUACAACUUUGAUCGAUUUUACGGAUAUGAAAUGUCAGCGUGGAGAUCUGAGCUUCAUCUUCAACGGCAGCGCCGCUCCUUCCGAGUCUUUCGUUGUGCUGGACAACAAACAGAAAGUGUACCAGCGGAUACACCAUGAGGAAUCGGAGAUGGAGACCGAAGAGGAAGUGGACAUUCUGAUGAGCAGCGACGUCUACUCCGCCACGCUCUCCACCAAAUCCAUCACCUUCUCCAGGGCUCAGAGCGGCUGGCUGUUCCGGGAGGAUAAGACGGAGCGCGUGGGAACCUUCUUGGCAGACUUCUACUCUGUGAACGGCCUGGUGCUGGAGUCCAGGAAGAGACGGGAGCAUCUGAGCGAGGAGGACAUCUUGAGGAACAAAGCCAUCAUGGAGAGCCUGAGCAAAGGCGGGAACCUGAGCGAGCAGAAUUUUGAGUCUUCAAGAAGGCAAUCUUUAACACCCCCGACACCCAACACUAUAACCUGGGAAGAAUACAUCUCUGCUGACAAUGGAAAAGCGCCUCAUCUAGGAAGAGAGCUGGUCUGCAAAGAGAGCAAGAAAAACUUUAAAGCCACGAUAGCCAUGAGCCAAGACUUCCCUUUGUGCAUCGAGUCGUUACUGAAUGUCCUGGAGGUGAUCGCGCCCUUCAAGCACUUUAACAAACUCAGGGAGUUUGUUCAGAUGAAGCUCCCCCCCGGCUUCCCGGUCAAACUUGACAUCCCUGUCUUCCCAACCAUCACAGCCACAGUGACGUUUCAGGAGUUUCGCUACGAUGACUUUGACCAAUCGAUUUUUACUAUUCCCAAAGACUACAAAGAAGAUCCGAGCCACUUUCCUGACCUUUAACCUCUCAUGCUGAAGCUUCAACAAGCAACAUCACCCCCCCUCCCUAAAACUUACCUUUCAUAAUCCUAACAAACUAAGAACAACUCAAGAGCAAGCUUAUGGAGAUGUCUGUUCGCAUCACACUGACCUGCAGAAGGUGUCGCAGGUCCUCAAUGUCACAUCCUGAUAGGACAAACCAGGAAGUGCGAGGUCAUCUCAGCAGUGAAGAGGCAUUGGAGUUAAAGUGAGCUUUUUUUAAAUGGGGAGUAUAAACAGAAAACGAUGAGCAAUCUGGAUGUUUGUAUUUAAGUACAGUAUGUAAGUAAUGUUUAUAAAGGGCCUUUUGUGAACUGACUUGUAGUAAAGCACUGAUGUUAUUGUGACAUACUGAAGAGGAAUUCUACUGCAGAGGUUCUUUUUUUUGUUCUUCUCUUACUUUUUGUCAUUUAUAUAAAAAAAUCAAGGUGCAAAAGUUUUUUUUUUGUUAUAGGAUAUUUUUUGCACAAUUCAAAUUGCUUCCUCUAUGCAUUAGGACACUAAGACUUCAAUUUUUCUAAGUACUCACAAAAUGUCAAGUUAGGAAGUUGGUUUGUUUUGCAUGACUGCAAAAAUGUUAGGCAAAAAAAAAAUGCUGUAAACAAAGAAAAGUUUCAAGUUGAAGUUAUGCAUUUAUUUAUUUUAAUCAACAAAACAGAGAGAAUGAAUAAAAGAGGAAUUUCUAUUUUAAAUAUAAAAAAUCGAUACACUUGCUGACACUAUUCAUUCAAGAGUAUUUGACAGAACGAUAAACAUGUUUAGAAGGGGUGAAGCUAAUUUAGGCCCUUACGCUGAUUCAACUAUGACAACAACAGAAAUCCACACAAUAGUGAUAUUAUCAAUGUAAUCUGUCAGAAGAUUUAUCAAUCAUUUGUUAUCACGUCAUAGUAAAUAAAUCUAAAUCAAAUUCGGUAUGACUUCCCUUUUGCAUUAAUUCUUCUAUUUACAGUUGCACCCUGAUUUUGAAGGAACUCUGCUGGUAGGUUGUUCCAAACAUGUGGAUGGAGGUUUUCUCACAUCCCAGAAGCACUCGAUGAUGUUGAGAUCAGAGCUCUGUGGUAACCUGCCCCUCUAAUACUUCUUCUUGCUUUUUCUUUAUGCUAAACUGUUUAUGUUUGGGGUUAAUCCGCAGAAGAAAAAUUGUGGACCAUUUAUACGCCUCCCUGAUGGUUAAGUAUCUGCUUGUACUUAUCAGACUAUUAAUCCUGACCGAAUCUAAAACUACAUUUGCAGAAGUGCAGCCCACAUGAUUAUGGAACCUCCACCAUGCUUCACUGUUGCUUGCAGAAAGUCAUUAUUGUACCGAUCUCAAGCAAACUACCAUCCGCUGCAGCUAAAUAUUUCAAUUCCUAUAUUUUUGUGCAUUCUAGAGUCACUUAGCCUUGUUUCUACAUAUGAGAUUUUUUAACAGCAACUCUUCCAUGUAUUUAGAUCCCUCAGGUUUCUGCGUGUUUUAAACAGCAUUUCUUCUAAAUUCAAAUGAACAAUCUGAAAACUCAAGCAUUCUGUGUUUACAGCAUUUUUGCACACCUGCCUAAAUCUCAAAAACCUAAAAUACUUCUGUAAAAUUCCUCUUUGAGUCAGCACUAAAUGAUGGAUUAUAUCACCGUUCUUAUGGGCAUGGAGCAGCACAGCUGAUCACAUUUGGGCACUAGUUAGAUUCUCCAUUUGUUCUGAAGCUAAAAAGUGAUUGUGAUGAUGCUGUUCUGGUAUACUGCAGGAUUUUCUAAUCCCACAAAGCAUUUUUUAUGUGUGGGGAUACAAAGUCUUUUACACCACCUUUCUAAAUAACAAUUUUAACAAUUAUGAAACAAGGGAAUAAAUGAACUCACUAUUUUUGACACAUUAAAAAACAUGGCUUUUAUUUUGAAAUCUCAAAAUGCAUGUUGUGUUACACGUAAUUAUUUUAACUGACACAUUAUUUGCAAGAGGGUUUUUUAUGUUGAAAGAAUAUUGGUUUGUAUGUGGUUUUACUUUUUGUAUAUAUUCAUGUACUUAUGGUUUUUUUAAAAACUAUUUUAAAAAAUGACCCAUGAGCCUCUCCCUCAGGUGUGGUGAAACAAUCAUUUCAACUGUGUGGAAAAAAAGCACAAGGUACGCAAAAGAUUGUCGUUAAGAAAAAAGGGCGGAGUGUUCACUGGUGCUGUUGACCACGAACGGGUUCUGGUUUUUCUGUCGUAGCUCAGACUGGGUCCGUAGAACAGUCAUUUUUUGAGGAACUGAAUGCAAUCCCACCGUCUGACAUUCCUUCAGUACUGUUAAAGUGCAGCAUUCUCAACUGUGCCUGAUCACUGACAUCAUGCUUUACAUUUGAUGCCCCUUCUCAACUUCUGCUGCUCCAACCUUGUUUUGUUAGUUUUUAUUCGAUUAGUUGUACAGCAAAAAUGUUGUAUAAGUCUGUGACACUAUUUUCAUAUGAAAUGUACUAAAAUAAAAACCCACAUAUCUUAAAGUUU